AUGGGUUUCCUUGGCCUUGGAUACCGUCGACCUGCACGGGUCGACCACCAUCGAGAGUCCAUCGACACCAUAGAUGACUCCAUCCGAUCAGGUCGUUCAGGUGCCUCAGCAGGUGUCCCGGAGGCCUUGACCUUCGACAAGAUCAUUGAGGGCGGUACCUGCCCGCCAUGCACCAUCCGCGACUUCAUGAACUAUCUCAUAUAUGUCGAGCUGUCGGCCGAGAACCUCCAAUUUUUCCUGUGGCACCGGGACUAUGUCCAGCGAUUCAAUAGCGCAAAAACCAGCGACAUUGCCCUGGCACCAGAAUGGACACAGGAGGAGCAGAAUGAGACGUUUACAAAGUUGCAGAAGGAGCACCGCGAAGGACUCAAGCGUGACCCAGCUGCCACCGCCGCAAUCUUCAAGGGGACAGACUUCGAGAAGGCAGGAGUCAUGAGCCCUACGACCAUGGACAAGCCGAGCCCCAUAUUCUCAAGCAACAACCCGUUCAACACACCACCGCGGACGCCGAAUGGUGACGCCAUGUCGGAUUUCACGGCCCAGAAUGCAAUGACCUAUCGGAGCCAGGCCCAAGAGGCGUUUGCCUCGGUGGGAGCCAAGGCGCCUUUUACAAUCCAGCCCUUCCGGGAGGAGAUAGACCGCGUCAUAGCAACAUACGUGAUGGACGACGCGCCGAGGCAACUGAACCUCUCAGCACGCGAACGCAAGCAACUACUCAUCGCGCUCAGCCAUACCACACAUCCCACAGCUUUCCGUCAGGUAUCACGGUCAGUAGAAAGCACACUUCGGAUGCAGGCGCACCCCAACUUCAUCCGGUGGAGCAUCUGCAACGGUAACACGGCGCGCGUCAAGUUCGCCAACCUGCUUGGGGCGUUCCUGAUCGUGGGCUCGAUUGCGGCGUGGAUCCUCCUCACACUGUCGUCGGUGCCGCGGGGGUUCCGGGCUAUCCCGGCCGCGGGCUUCGUGCUGGGCGUCAGCACACAGGUGGCGGCGAUCAAGGGCAUGUGCGUGGUACUGCACGGGAUGCACCACCGGCACGUGCGGCCGUGGGAGCUGUUCGUCGACGAGGAGAUGCUGGACGAUAUGUCGGCCGACGGCAAGUCGGCGCCCUAUAGCAAGAAGUCGUUUGAGAGCUUCGGCAGCUCCAAUAGUUACGAGGACGAGCCAUGGGUCAUCAAGUACGAGAAGCGUAACCUCGUGCGCAAGGUGUUCGACCGCGAGGUCUGGAUCCAGGAGCCCGCACUGAGGAGCAUCCAGGACACCAUCUUCGUCCAGGCCAUGCUCGUGGCGCUUUUGUCAGCCGGGGCACUGACGGCUGUUUUCGUGUGUGUGCCUGGUGGGCACUUUUAUUAA